GUGGCGGGAGGGGCGCGUGACCGGGCGGCGCGUGACGUAGGAGGAAGAAGACGCCAUUAGAGGGAAGGCGCUUUCGGCCGCCUUCAAACGUUGUGGCUUUUCGGUGCCCCUCACCUCGAACCCCGUCUCCCGGGGCCUCGGCGGCGCCUUCCCGCUUCCUCCCCGUCCCGCCGUUCCUUCUUCCGCUCCCCUGCGGGUCCCCGUCUCGGUAGGCGGUGUCGGCGACGAAGGUGGUGGUGGGUCGCAGAGGCGGCGGCGGCGGCGCCCCGCGGCGGGGGUGCUGACCGUUGGAUGUGAGGCGGCAGCGGCCCGGCUCGGCUCGGCGUAGAUGGCGACGGGGGCCGGUACGGCGGCCGGGGGCCGCAGCUUUUCCUUCAAGGUGGUGCUGCUCGGGGAGGGCUGCGUGGGGAAAACCUCCCUGGUGCUGCGCUACUGCGAGAACAAGUUCAACGACAAGCACAUCACCACCCUGCAGGCAUCUUUUCUUACGAAGAAGCUAAAUAUUGGUGGGAAAAGAGUAAACCUUGCAAUAUGGGAUACAGCUGGUCAAGAAAGAUUUCACGCAUUGGGGCCCAUCUACUACCGGGAUUCUAAUGGUGCUAUUCUAGUAUAUGAUAUAACAGAUGAAGACUCUUUUCAAAAGGUAAAAAACUGGGUUAAGGAAUUAAGAAAAAUGUUGGGAAAUGAAAUCUGUUUAUGUAUAGUAGGUAACAAAAUAGACUUGGAAAAAGAAAGACAUGUUUCAGUGCAAGAAGCAGAAACGUAUGCUGAAUCUGUUGGAGCAAAACAUUAUCAUACUUCAGCUAAACAGAACAAAGGAAUUGAAGAACUGUUUCUUGACCUUUGUAAAAGAAUGAUAGAAACUGCUCAAGUGGAUGAAAGAGCAAGAGGGAAUGGUUCCAGUCAGUCAGGAAUAGCAAGGCGUGGUGUACAGAUCAUUGAUGAUGAGCCUCAAGUACAGAGCAGUGGAGGGUGCUGUUCUUCUGGAUAAUUAUAAAACUGUGCAUCACUGCCCUCUCAGUAUGAAGACUGCCAUAUUCCAAGUCACGCAUUCUUUACCAAUGGAGUAAUAGAAUUAACAGUAUUUAAAAAUUAUCACAUGUAACACGGCAGAGACCUUAAGCGCUAAACUAGUGGCAUCUGUGACCAGAGAAUUGGCAUUUUCUACAGUGGUUAACAAAGCAAUUACCAAUGGCCUUUUUACAUAUUUUUCUUUAAUGAGGAAUAAAAUGCAUGUAGAAAAGACCUACUUAAAGGCUUCAUUUAUAUUCUUUUAAAUCAGAUCAUUAUUUAAUAACUUAUACACUGUUGUUGGAAUGGUAUAUGUUUUUGCAGCUCUUUGUAUUUUGUGGUAGAUUGAAUUGUAUCACUUCUAAAAUGCAAAUUAAUUUUUUUUAAGUUAGCAGAUAUUUGAAAUCAUGUUUUUGCUGGGCCUUCACAAGCUUAUAAUUGUCAACUACUCUGAUAUUCUCUUCAUCCUUUAUGCCAAGCUGGCAAAUACAUUGUAAAUUACAUAUUAGAAAUUUUAUCUGCUUUUACAAUUGCAGGUGCAGAAAAAAGUACAUCAGUCUUGUCAGUGAUUGUGAAGUGAAUAAGUCAGUGAAAGAUGCAAGCUUUUCAUGUGUAUUGUUGAAUUGCUCAUUUUAUUUCCCCUAUUUGAAAACAGCUUUUUUUUUUUUUUACCACAUUCAUAGCUACAUUUUUUUAUCCUUUUCUGGCAAGCAGCAGUAUUUAGAAUACCACCUCAUUGGCAAGUGAAUGCUUCCUUAGGCUGCUGGUUAAUGUUGAGGUAUUUGGCUCCCAGCUAAAAUGGUUGCAUGCAUAGAUCUUGCCUCUGAAAUUAUUUUGGCUUCAGAAUAUCCCCAGAAAGUCAAAGCCAUUUUGACCCUCAGCUGUCUGGUAGCCAGUUAACCAGAUGUGUGGGAAACUCUUAAGUUGGAUUAAUCAAUUUAUGUCCCAGGACAGCAUUAUCAACUGUUAACAAGCAUAAUUUUUCCCCUGUAUUACAGGGCUUGAGUUAACAAACGAAUUAACACUAACUAGAACUGCUUCUGAUUUGGAGUCAUUAAGUGAAAGAUGAAACCUGCCAGAUCUAUUUGUAGCUUUGGGGAUAUUAGACUGAACUUACGACUUGCUCUUUCUCUGGUAAAGUGUUUUGAAGCCCCUAUAAGUUUUGGGAGGAGGGUUUUCAGAAACUAAGUGUAUAAACUAUUAUCACAAAGGAACACAAAUGGUGGUAGCAGAAACUUCAAAAUGUUUUGUGCUCUGGCUUUUUUUACUAAAGUUGUCAUGCUUGGAAAACAGUAAAGGUGAUGUCUAUGACAGAA